UCACCCAAAAAAAAAAUCCAGACUCUCCCCACAAAAUCAAAACCAGCUCGCCCACUCAGCCUCUCGGCCUCUCCCAUCCGCACUGCCUCGCCGGCAGCCGCCGCCGCCCACCUCCUCUCCCACCGUUGCCACCAGCACCCGCGCUGCGGCCGCCUCUUCCCCUCGGGUCUCCCCCUUUGCUGCCUCUGCCUCGGUCGCGCCUUCGUUCUGCUCCUGCCUCAUCUGAGUCCAGGCGCGCCCCGGAACGGGGAAGGGACCCAGAUGCUACUCUGCUGCUCUCCGUUUGCCCAUCGAAUCCAGACCUGUUCUCCGCCCCCGCCGCUUCUCCCGAGCAGCUUGCCUCUAAGCGUGCUCAGCCCCGGCGAGAAGGGGAGGAGCAAGAAGAGCAAGUUCCACAACGUCCGGGCGCAAGCUUUCAAGUCCAAGAGCCAAUCUUUGCCCACCCAAUCCCACCGGGCUGAUGGCCACGGGGACCCUACGGAUGAAGACCCGAGAGGGAAUUUGCCAGGGUCUGCCGCGCCCUCGCUGCCGGACGCUGAGGCUGUCGCCUUCUGGCUGCGUUCCUCCCGGAGCGCAGCCGGUGUCCGGAGAGCGCACGCGGUUGCCCUGCGGUCGCUCGACAGCCUUGGGGUGUUCGUGUCCAACAAUCUGAUCAGUGCUUACUCGAGGUUCGAUGAGGUUGCAGAUGCGAGGAUGGUGUUCGACCAAAUGCCCGAGAGGAGCAUCGUGUCGUGGACUGCCAUGAUGAACGGGUAUCAGAAGCUUGGCCGCCACGGUGAGGUUGUGCGGCUGUUCUUGGGUAUGCUGGCCACAGGAAUGCAAGGUAACAGCUUGACUUUUGUUUGCCUGUUGAAAUCUUGUGGGGAGAGGGGCGAUGCUCAGCUGGGGCGACAGGUGCACUGUUGCGUUGCGAAGGGUGGGUGGAGCAAUGUGAUAGUGGACAGUGCGGUCGCUCACUUCUAUGCUCAAUGUGGAGAUGUUGCCGCUGCUUCAACUGUGUUUGAGAGGAUGGCCUCCCGCGAUGUUGUCUCCUGGACAACGAUGAUCACGGCUUAUGUGCAGCAUGGGCAUGGGGACAAAGCUCUUCAGAUGUUCCCAACGAUGGUGGCCGAGGGAUUUCGCCCCAAUGAGUUCACUGUGUGUAGCGUCCUCAAGGCUUGCGCAGAGGAGAAGGCUCUAAGAUUUGGGAAGCAGUUGCAUGGUGCUGUGGUGAAGAAGCAAUACAAAUAUGAUAUCCAUGUCGGGAGUGCUCUUGUCACUAUGUAUACCAGAUGUGGUGAUGUGUUUGAUGCCCAAGCAGUGUUUGAUAAGAUGCCAAGAAGAAACACAAUUACAUGGACUUCAAUGAUCUCUGGAUAUGCGCAAAGUGGCUUUGGUGAAGAAGCUAUCUUGUUGUUCCGAAAGAUGAAGAUGCGCAGAGUAUUUGUUAACAACCUCACCAUUGUCGGUCUCCUUAGUGCUUGUGGAUCUAUGAAGUCAAUUUAUCUUGGAAAGGAACUGCAUGCGCAGAUAAUAAAGAACUGUAUGGAAGAUAAUCUACAAAUUGGGAGUACACUUGUUUGGUUCUACUCCAAAUGUGGGGAGCACACUUAUGCUGCAAGAAUUCUAGAAGCAAUGCCUGACCGCGAUGCUGUCGCAUGGACAGCUAUGAUUUCAGGCUACAACAAUCUUGGCCAUAAUGUUGAAGCACUUAAAUCAUUAGAUGAGAUGUUAUGGGAUGGUGUGACACCAAAUACUUACACUUAUUCCUCAGCUUUGAAAGCUUGUGCCAGAUUGGAGGCUCUCCGAGAUGGAAGGAGGAUCCAUGGCGUUAUUAACAAGACUCAAGCUUUCUCAAAUGUUUUUGUGGGAUGCUCGCUGAUCGAUAUGUAUAUGCGGUGUGGUAAAGUUGAUGAAGCUCAACGAGUCUUUGAUGCCAUGCCAGAGCACAACUUAGUAACAUGGAAAGUGAUGAUUACAGGAUUCACCCAAAAUGGGCUCUGCGAAGAGGCUUUAAAAUACAUGUACCUAAUGCAGCAAGAAGGGUAUAAUGUUGAUGACUUUGUGCUUUCGACAGUUUUGACGUCAUGUGGAGAUCUUCAGUUGAAAUCAGAUGGCAUCUCGUUUCUAGCUCAAUAACUAAAUUAUUUCACUUUCACGAAUUCUUAGGCUAGUUAGGGAAUAUCAGCAAAAUGCUGGUGCAGCUGUACAAAGUCAGUUGUUGGUCUCAGGAUGCCAAACUAGUUUCUUUGUCAGAUUGUGCAUUAGAAAACCCGAUCAGAAACUGAUCGUUCAAGGUGUGGGUAUACAUACGAAUACUUCGCAGGAAUCUCUACUAACCAUUUCUCUUUUUUUUGCUGGUAACCAUUUUCCUUGGCUUUUCUUGUGAAGCUGUGUAUACCAUAAUCUAAGCAUUGUUA